CAAAGUACUGUACCUAGGUUAACCUAGUACAUAUGCUGAUAAGUUGGCGCUGAACCGAACGUGGAAGCUUUUAAGCUUCAUUCCACCUCAUACGCAUUAUUCCGUGGCUCAAAAUGUCUUCAAAAGAUGACUCCAAAGCAGAUCCUUGGGGUAAGGAGUCAAAGCAAAAGUUCGAAAACAAAUCCAAGAGCGAAUACUUUGACCCUUGCCAAGCAGCUGCCGCGCGCAGCAUCCGGUGUCUGAACCGAAACGCUGGCGAUAGGCAAAUGUGUACCGAUUAUUUUGAGGCGUAUCGCGCAUGUAAAAAGGAAUGGAUCAACAAGCGCAAGAAGGAAGGAGGAUCUAUUUUCGGCUAGAUUGCUCUAGGACUUGAGAAUGGUCCAAAUAUGCGUGCGUCUCCAGUAGCCGGAAGUGAUGAGAAUCAGAGAAUGGGCUGAGAUUCGGACUAUGUAGUACUACUAGCAUAUCGUAAAAGUAUCGUCAAUGAACGAACUUGAAUGAAGAAAAGUUUUCAAUGAUAGGUACAACCUUAGAACUCAUGAGGAUGUGUAUACUACUUAGGUUCAAGUUGUGUUGAUUAUUGAUGGAUCAAUGGCGUUUAUAAAUAGAUAAGGUUCAGGUCAAGAUGCCAGGCAUGCAACGGGAAUAUAUGCACAUUUCUAACCGAGACGGAAGGUGAAAGUGAGGGUGAGGCUGCA